CAACUCUUCUUCUUCCUCCACAAGAAAAGCAGAGGCCGCCGCCCCGAGACCCCCAAACACUUCCUUUCCUCAGCGAAUCCAAAUCUCGUGCGAGAAAUUUUGCAAUGGCGUCGGCAGCGUCCGAAGUCGAUCCCGCCGUCGUUGAGGAGCCGUCUAGCGCCGGAGGCAGCCGAGAGGAGGCGGCCGAGACAGAGCCGGCGGAUGGGGAGGAAGAAGGGGAGUGCGGGUUCUGCCUGUACAUGAAAGGUGGAGGUUGCAAGGAGGCGUUCGUGUCGUGGGAGGAGUGCGUGCAGGCGGCGGAGAAGGAGGGCUCCGACAUGCUCGAUCGCUGCUCCCAAGCCACCGCCGACCUCAAAAAGUGCAUGGACGCCCACGCCGACUACUACGCCCCCGUGCUCCAGACUAAGCAGACCGUCUCCGACCAAGCCGAAGCCGCCAUCGCUGCUGCCACCGCCGAUACAAACAAGAACCCCUCCCCGGACACUGAUGAGACCAAGAUGGAAGAAGCUCCUGUCGAGUCUGCCGCCAUCGCUGCCGAUGAGAAGGAGGUGGUGGUUGAGCAGGCUACUUCCUCCACGGCCGCCGAGGGGGUGAAGAAGGAAGAGGCAAUCGUCCACGAGGCAGAGUCCGUCUUUGGGUAACUAUUAGAGCUAAGGUCCUGUUUGGAACCACUCAGAUUAUAUAAUCCAGUUUUUAUGAUCUAUUUUGUAUCCAAACAGGAUAGAUUAUGAUAUAGAUUAUAAGAACUAGAUGGAUAGAUUAUUAAAAACUCACAAUCUACUAUACCCAGCUAAAAUCAGAUUAUGGAUUACUAAU